GAGGAGGAGCAGCUCUGCCGCGGCUACUUAAAGCCCACAGCUCUCCAACACGGCCGUCAAGCUGUCACACCAAAAGCGAGCAGAAGACUUUUUAACAGUCUGAGAAACUUUCUAACAUUGGCCUUAAACCCUCCUGCGUGCAGAUCCAGGUCUAACUGUCGACCACCAACCUUCUGUUCUGCCUCAAGACAUUUGGAUUUACUGGGGAAAAAACAACAAACAAAACAAACAAACAAAGCUUCGGAGGAACAUUUUAGGUGUUCCAUUUCCACACCGACCGUUAGCGUCAGAGCUUCAUGACCACCAGCUCAACUCCGCUCUUGUCAACACACCUCGUCUCCUUCUCUUCCUAGUCUGUCUGUGUGGCACCCGGUGCUCCCACAGGCUAACCCAGAGAGCAGGCACAGAGCCAUGGUAACUUACAGCAAGUUUGACUCCACUAUGAGCAGCAGCCUUGUGGACUCCAGCCUGCGGCUGCCUCAGCGUUACAAGACUUUUACCAUGGUGCAAUACCAGAUGGUGCUGGCUACGCUCCACAAGCUCAAGGAGUGCGGCUUCUACUGGGGUCCCAUCACCGGCAAAGAGGCCAAUGCCAUGCUGGCAAACGAGUCCAAUGGCACCUUUCUGAUCCGGGACAGUUCAGACAACAGGCACCUGUUCACGCUCAGCGUCAAAACGGCAUCUGGCACCAAGAAUUUGCGCAUCCAGUGUGACGCUGCCUCCUUUCACCUGCAAACAGACCCUAAAAGCAUUCACUCUGUUCCCCACUUUGACUGUGUGCUAAAGCUGGUACAAUAUUACAUGCCUCAGAACAAAGGGAACACCCGCAGUGGGAAUAUGUACUACAUUCACUCUGGAGGGGAGAAGAUCCCUCUGGAGCUCAUCAAACCUCUGUUCUGCAGCCUGUCCACGCUGCAGCACCUGUGCAGGAAAACUGUCAACGGACAUUUGGACAUUUCUUCCAGAAGAGACCAACUGCCUCAUCCACUGAAGGAGUUCCUGCAGGAAUACGACGCUCCCAUCUAGAGGAGUUAGCAGGCGCUCUAGAAGGAGCAGCAUCAUCACAGUCUAACAAAGAAACCUCAUGGUUUCAGCACAGCUGCGAAGAGCUAAGUCAAGCGCGAGCUCUCGCACAGGCAUCGGUGAAGUUGCCAGUGUAGGUGCCAAGAAAUCUGUCCAGGUUUAAGGGCCACAGGACUGUGGAGUACGGAUGCACAGAGAGAAACGGCCAGGCCGGAGCGCUGUGGGACUACCUCCACUGUGUGAUGACGUACAACUUACUGAAAACUGAAGUGAGGCUCAGUCAGCUGUCUGCAGUCUGAUGACACACAGGCUCCGUCUGCUGCUGCUGCUGCUGCUGCCCGGCUGACAAAGUCAUACAGCCGUUUAUUCUGGACUUACUGUAAACUUUUGAUGACUCUGGAUGAUAAUCCCAGAGGAGAGAAAUAUCCCUAAAGAAGCCUUGGAUCUCUGACCAAGUGAACAAUCGAUUCAACAGUUCUGGGUCCAUCCCUGUGCCAGCCGUUAUUGUCAAAGGGCUGAACUUUUUAUGAGACCAUCCUUGAGAUAUUUCUAUAUUUCUACUGUUCUGUUUAUGGCACCGGUUAAUGCCAAAUUUGCCUGAUGAAGACCAACAGUGACUGAAUCCAGCAAGACCUUAACGAAAAAGCUGAACACUGUGGAGUAUUUAAACUGACCUCAGGUCAGGUGUUUGUGUAGAAUCAGUUAAACCAAAAGAUGUGGUAGUAGUCCAUUUUUUUUUUUUUGGCACACAGAGACAAAUAAUUGCCAUAUGAAUGUAUCAGAAGGUCUCUUUUUUUUUUUACCUAACGAGGAAAAAAGUGUCUUUUCCUUAAAACAAUGUUUACAUGAAUGACCAUGAAAUAGUGAAUCUGUUCUUUUCCUGUCUUUUGUAAAGAUGUUGUACCUUUUUCCAGCCAGACCUCAGGCUGUGGAUUCUUGAAGAUUCUUGUGGAAGCAGGCAGACCCAUACGACACAUUUUGCACUUAUUUAUAUUUGUGAGAACAUUUCAUUAAUUUAUAAUAAAAAGCACUAUUUUUCUACAAAAAA